AUGGGGACGAAAUCUGACUCUUCAAGGCCUGUACCCGCUGAUGAUCAAGGUACAGCAGCGGGACUCUAUGAGCCAAUCGCUAUUAUCGGCAUGGGAGUACGGCUCCCUGGACAUGUUCAUACCCCAGCAGACUACUGGGACCUUCUAGUCAAUGGCAGAAGUGGACGGUGCCGCGUUCCAAAGAGUCGAUACAAUGUUGAAGCCUGGUAUGGUCCGGGCAGACCCAACCAUGUCCCAACGGAGUUUGGCUACUUCCUCGAGGAACUGAAUCUAGCACAUGUGGAUCCCAGCUUCUGGUCUUUCACUAAACAGGAAGCUGAGCGCAUGGAUCCGCGACAGCGACUCUUUCUUGAAGUUGCUUACGAGGCUCUUCAAAGUUCAGGUGACACAAAGUUCAGGGGUGCCGAUGUUGGUGUCUAUGUUGGCACCAUGGGCGACGACUGGAGUCAGCUCGAGUCUCGCGACGAGCAGAGCCUCGAGCAGGUUCGGCCUGAUGUAUAUGGAGAUUAUAUCCUUGCAAACAGAGCCUCGUACGAGUUCGACUUGACCGGACCGAGUGUUGUGGUCCGCACCGCUUGUUCUGCCUCUCUUGUUGCACUGCAUAUGGCAUGCAGAGACCUGCAUGGAGGCGAUUGCACUUCUGCCAUAGUCGGUGGCGUCAACCUCAUUCUUACUCCAAAGGAUACGACAGUCAUGCAUCAACAGGGUGUACUGUCUCCGUUGGGUUCUUGUAAAAGCUUUGACGCCGAAGCUGAUGGCUUUGCAAGAGGAGAAGGCGUUUCUGCAGUCUACAUUAAGAAGCUUUCGGAUGCCGUACGGGAUGGCGACCCCAUCCGGGCGGUCAUUCGGUCUACAUGUCUGUCCGGCAAUGGGAGAACCCCGGGUCUUACCACACCAAGUUCCCAAAGUCAUGAGAGACUGAUGAGACGAGGGCAUCGGAUAGCUGGUAUUACGGACUUGUCGAAGACUGCGAUGGUUGAGUGCCAUGGAACUGGAACCUCUGUUGGCGACCCUAUUGAGGUCGGCGCGGUUGCCAACAUCUGGGGAGAUCACGGCAUCUACAUCGGAUCGGUCAAACCCAAUAUUGGUCAUGGCGAAGGUGCGUCGGGGUUAUCCAGCAUCAUUAAAAUGGUACUAGCAUUGGAAAAAUCGACAAUCCCACCUAAUAUCAACUUCACGACGCCGAAUGCAGGAAUUUCAUGGGAACGCGCUAAACUGAAGGUGCCAACAACAUCUUUGCCUUGGCCAUCAGACAGACUCGAGCGAGCUUCUGUCAACAGUUUUGGGAUAGGCGGCUCUAAUGCUCACGUUUUACUUGAGUCCGCUGCCUGCUUUGGCGUGCAAUCCUCUCGCCGUGUUCACGGCCAGAACCUCAGAACUUCCAACCAUCGUCUUCUCACCUUUUCUGCGCGCCAUAUAGACUCGGUCAGUCGUUUAGCAUCAGAUGUCGAACGAUAUCUGGAUCGAAAAUCUCGACUCCUGGGAGAUGUGGCCUGGUCUCUAAACACUCGACGCGAGGCCCACGCGCAUCGCGCAUUCUGUGUAACAGACGGCAAUGGCCCUUUCCAGAUGUCCUCGAUAGCCAAGCGAAACAAUGAUCCGCCAAGCUUGAUUUGGGUGUUCACAGGACAGGGAGCUCAAUGGGCUCAGAUGGGGAAAGAGCUGCUUCAGCAGAACGUUCUAGUUCAACAGACUAUCAGUCGCCUGGACAGCGUGCUGGCAAGCCUGUCAGAUCCCCCGCAAUGGAAAUUGCAAGCACCUAAAGAGCAGAGUAGACUUGCCGAGGCAGAAUUCUCGCAGCCAUGUCUUGUUGCCAUCCAGGUCGCUCUUGUAAAUUUGCUCAGGUCCUGGGGUGUCACACCCGAUGCCGUCGUUGGACACUCUUCGGGAGAAACCGCGGCCGCUUAUGCAAGUGGAGCAAUCACAGCUGAAGAUGCCAUUCGCAUCGCAUACCACCGAGGUCAGAUUACCCUGCUCAUUAAAGCCGCCCACAAAGGCUCCAUGGCCGCAGUCGGACUUGGUCGAAGUCAGGUUCGGAAGUUCCUCCGCCCAGGUGUUAUGAUCGGCUGUGAGAACUCACCCGCCAGCGUGACGUUGUCUGGUGAGGCAGAUGUGCUUGAGGACGUGAUAAAAGACAUCAUGGCCGAACACCCUGGAGUGCUAGCACGGAGCCUUCAUGUUGAGUGCGGGUACCAUUCGCAACAUAUGCAAGCAGCAGAGCUGGACUUUACACAACGAUUGAACGGGUGGUUGCAGCCAAAUCAACCGAACAUCCCAUUUUAUUCGUCGGUUACAGGCACACUCAACAACGACAUGUCUCAUUCAUACUGGGUGCGAAACGUUGUCUCUCCAGUUCUAUUCAGCACAGCAGUUGAGUCUGUCCUCGACGAUUUCAAGGCGGCAACUUUCGUCGAGAUAGGUCCACACUCGGCCCUAGCUGGCCCUAUACGGCAGAUCUUACACGCCAAGGGUCGGAUCGCUCAGUAUGUCCCGACCUUAGUCCGCAACCAGGAUGCGAUAUCCUGUGUUUUGAAGACCGCAGGAGGGCUUUGGUCAAUCGGCGCCAAGAUUGAUCUUGCCGCAGUAACACCGUCUGGGGAGUUUCUGACAGAUCUACCGACAUACCCUUGGCACUAUGACAAAGAGUAUUGGGUCGAGAGCAGAUUUUCUCGAUCCUGGCGUCUACGCAGGUUUGACCAUCACGAGCUGUUGGGCACUCGAGUUGAGGAGAUCUCCGAUGCUUGUCCUGCCUGGAGGUGCAAUCUCAGAGUCGAGGAUGUUCCGUGGAUCCGAGACCAUAUGAUUCUCGGAGAAAACGUAUUUCCUGCAGCAGGAUUUGUGUCCAUGAUCGGGGAAGCGUUGAAGCAGUUGAAAGGGUCCGUCAACUACACCCUCGGGCAUGUCACGUUUGAUUCAGCUUUGGUGCUGAACGACCGUCCAGUCGAGCUCGUCACUGUUCUCAAUCCACCACCGCCCACGCCUUACCUGGAUUCGGAAUGGUAUGAGUUCUCGAUCUCUUCGUUGAGUGAAGGCAGCGACAACUGGGUCAGACAUGUCACGGGCGAGUGCAAAGCCGGCUCUGAUUGCGGCCACCAAGCUCCAGAAGUUGUGAAACUUCCACGAAAGGUCUCCUUGGAUUCCUUCUACAGUACCUGGAAGAGAUUUGGACUUAAAUACGGUGCCAGGUUCCGCAACCUUGCCGAUGCUAGCUCCCAUGUUACCGAACCGACAGCCAUUGCAUCUCUACAAACGGAUUUAUCGGACUACGAAAUGGCAUCCUACGCCAUUCACCCCACAGCUCUUGAUUCGAGCAUGCAUUUUGCGAUGGUCGCAUCAUGUCGCGGUCUUACCAAAAACUUCAAGCAGAUGGCAAUUCCUACAUACAUCGAGGAAUUGUAUGUUAGCAGACCAUCCGGAAAGAUACACCUCGAAGCGACAGCGACCGAGAACUCCUCGAUGAAAUCAUCAAGCUACAUCACCGGAGUGUCGGACGGUGAAACUGUCAUUGACAUCAGAGGUCUUGAGGUAGAGCCUGUUGCCGGUAGCUCUGCCCACCAGACCGAGGAUCCCCAUGCCGGCGCUAUGGUAGAAUGGAAACUCGACGUUGACUUCCUAGACCCUACUCAUAUUGUUCGCCACCAGGACCUUGGUUCUUGCACCGGAAACCUGGAAAAGCUGGUGUUAGCAUGUAUUGUGGAGUCAAGAGGGCAAUUACAGUUCCUCCCGGCAACGCAACCACACUUCGUCGACUUUAAGAGCUGGCUGGAUGCAACAUACCGACAGAUGGUGGCUGGAGAACACCAAGAUUCUGCCAGUUCAUUUGAUAUCGCAAGGUCCACUCCUCAGUUGAGGCAGGUGUUCAUUGCAGACAUGCUAGAAGCUUGCAAGGGCACACCUACGGAAAACCUCGCGCUGGCAAUCCAUCAUGUGUACAUGAAUGCUGCGUCGUGCUUCAGUGGCAGGCCCGACGCUAUCAAAGCUAUCGAUUCUGCUUCCACAAUGGCUCGAGCAGCGGAGAUUCUCUGCGACAUAGAUCUUACAUCUUUCCUUCAACUUUUGGGUCACAAGAGGCCGAACAUGAACGUUUUGCACAUCGGUGGUUCCAAUGACACUGCCGCUACCAUCAACAAGAUAUUGUCAGCUCUAUCAUCUGAUAGCUAUGGCCACCGUCUGUACGGAAACUACGUCUAUGCCUGCACAUCAUCAAAAUCUUCCACUCCGGUGCAAGACUGUUUACGAAAUUUCCCUGCGGCCAAGAACAGUAACCUCAAUACUGAUGUCGACUUAACAUCCCAGGGACUCAGCAACGAGUCAUUUGAUGUGAUUCUUGUUUUUGAUGUAGGAUUAUCUUCGAGAACCAACUUGAAAAAGAUACGCAAAUUGCUGAAGUCUACGGGGCGAUUAAUACUCGGGCAGCCAAAUUCAACAUCAAGAGCUCUCCAAUAUGUCACGGGCCUUGUACCACAAUCGAAUUCGUUGUCAGAGAAUCUGGAACAAGAACUUGACCUUCGAGAUCAGCUGCAGCAUACGGGCUUCGAUGUCAGUUCGGCCGCUACGGUCUUGGGCGAUUAUUCACGCCUGACCAUCGCCCGCCCGUUCUUGGACCACUGGAAGACCGACCGAAUCAGCAUCAUCUGCGAGGAUCCAGCCCAUCAUUUUGUCAGAGACGCAACGGAAGCUCUUCGUGGGCUCGGUGUAGAUCUUGACUGCGUCGCCCUGGGCGAGGAACUGCCAUGGGGACAGCCAGUCGUGUGCCUUUUGGAUCUUGAAGGCCCUUUCAUCCAUGGAAUGUCACAGCAAGGAUGGGAAGAUCUCAAGAAGACCAUUCUUUCGGCACAAGAUGAGAAGGUGCUGUGGGUGACCGGGGCUUGCCAAAUCGAAUGCAUGGAUCCGAAUUAUUCCCUGGUAUUGGGCCUCGCCCGAACUCUUCGAAAGGAACUUGCGAUGGAUUUUGUUACCUUGGAGCUCGAGUCAUUUGACGCCAAUGGCUGGAAAGCUAUGCAUACCAUCCUCAACAGCUUCGGACAGCGUAUCGCUGGAGGUGACGUGGAUCCAGAGUCGGAGUACGUUUUUUCACAAGGCUUGCUUCACAUUAGUCGCUUCCAUUCAGUCGAAGUCUCGAAGCUCUUGCAAGAGCCGAGUGAAGCCUCCAGUGAAGAGAUUCGGGGUCACGAAGGGCUUUCUCAAGUGUCUGAGACCGACGUGUUAGACAACUGCCGUCUCCCAGCCAGCUCAUUAAUACCGUCCAUGACCUGCCGCUCGGAUCGAACCUAUGUUUUUGUCGGUGGACUCGGCGGACUCGGCCAGGCCACGGCAAGAUUUCUUGUCGAGCAAGGAGCCAGAGAGCUCAUUUUCUUUUCGAGGUCAGCUGAGCAGUCGGCUAAGAAUCAUCCUGAGUAUUUUGAAGAACUGAGGGCUCUCGGAUGUAUUGUCCAAGCGAUCUCUGGGACUGUCAAUGCCAUGGACGACGUAACGAGAAUGGUUCACUCAGCAAACCGUCCGAUCGCUGGGUUGCUGCAAGCAGCCAUGGUUCUCCAGGAUACCAACAUCACCGACAUGACCUUUGAACAGUGGCGAACAACAGUUGACCCGAAGGUGCAGGGGACUUGGAAUCUCCACAAUGCUUUGCAGCAGUACCAAAGCGAGCCCCUUGACUUCUUCUUCCUUUUCAGUUCGCUCUCGGGUCUUGGAGGCCAGAUCGGCCAGGCAAACUAUGCGGCAGGAAACGCGUUCCUUGACGCCUUCGUGCAGUAUCGCCACUCUAAGGGACUGGCUUGCUCAGUUCUCGACAUUGGCAUCAUGGAAGAUAUUGGUGUCUUAGCGAGGGAGCAGAAUCGUCUUGAAGCCCUUCGGGCGACGAAGCAACAUUGCCUGCACGAACAGGACCUUCUCGAUGCUUUGGAGUUGAUGAUCAGACGGUCUCAGCCAGUAUCCGGAGAAGAGACUAACGCCAUACAAAACCUCAGUGGCUUCUCAAGUCGCGGUCAAGUUGCCGUCGGCAUGAGGUCAUCAGCCAUGUCCAGCAACCGAAACGGAUGGCAGAAAGACCCACGCUCAGGAUUCCUGUCGAAUACAGGACUGACGGGAAGAACUGAGAAAAAGGAGAAAGAGGGAAUCACUUUGAAGGAUUUCUUGAGAAGAAGUCACCUGGAUCCGUCGCAUCUUGAAUCAGACAAUGCAAGGGCAUUUCUGGCUAAAGAGAUUGGUGGGGCGUUGCAGGGUUUUGGCAUGAGAGAGGAUGAAGAGGUUGAUCUGUCACGACCCUUGCAGACGGACUCUUUGGUGACGGUGGAGCUCCGCAACUGGAUCCGGCAGAAGAUGGGCGUUUCUUUAACAGUCGUGGAGUUGCGGAGUGCGGAGAGUAUUUUUGCAUUGGGGGAAAUGGCUGCAGCUAGGCUUUUGACUGUGGACGACAGGAACACACACUGA